AUGACCAUGUUCACGUCACGCUCGGUUAAUGUACCAAUCCCGAAAAUAAAAGCGUUCAAAGAACACUGGAUGGAGAUUUACACGCCAUUGGUGAAUGUGGUAGGUCUUCAAGUGCGUAUGAAUUUAAGAGUUCCAUGCGUGGACUUAAGAGUUGAGGAUGAUAACAAUCAACUGCAUUUAGAGAAGGGCGUUCAGUUUCUUAACGCCAUUUUGGAUGGGUUUACGCCUGAACAAGCUGUAAACUUACUGAAGAACGACACAAGUUUGAUAAAGUUCCACAUAUCAGAAAUUAAAAGGCUGAGCGGAGAUAACGUGUCUCGUGCCAUGGGGCGUAUCAUUGGAAGAGAAGGAAAGGUGAAAAGUGCGAUUGAACAUACCAUGGGUGUGUGCAUGCUCGUAAAGGAUGAUGAGAUAUUCCUGUUGGGGGAUGAAGAGGGCAUUAAAAGGGCAAAAGAAAGCAUAUCUAGGCUGGUUCUUGGUGCACAUCCUGGAUCAAUUCUGAAUAAAUUGAAGGUAAUAGCUUCGAAGCAGAGGAAGGGAUACUUUGAAACGGUUCAUUUAAAUGAUGAAAAGAACCAGAUAUGAUAAUUGAUUGUGUGGCUCUUUUUUGCAAUAGACUCGGA